CAGCCAGCCUGACUUUGGAGAAACACAAUUCAGCAAGACAGCAAUCCUCAUGCCGAACAAAUCACUAGACAUCAUAGCGAGGAAAUAUUCCGACGUAACGAGAACACCACCUCACCGCUCUUGAGCGGACGCGAGUCCAACGAGGAAAGGAGCCAACGAAUGACUCGUCAUAUUCAAACUCUGAUGAUAUGGCAGAUAAAAAUCGAUACAACUACUUGAACACAACAACCUCCCAUAGAGCUAUCAUGUACAUGUACACACCUCAGCACCACAAUGUCCUCUGACCUUGAGCUGGAAUUCGACCCCCCUCCGGACCCCCCGCGGCAGAUCGUGGUGUUUUUCGACGACGACGAGUCCUCCGGCUACCGGCGCCAAACCAACGUCUGGAGGAUCUUUAGCAUGACGAGCCGAACAGAUUGCCACUAUCAACCUGGAACCAAUAUCCAAAUCACCCCCCGAUCCGUGGCCAGCAGCAUGCUGCAACCCACUCUCCCGCCGGACAAAUACAUCAGUCGUCACGUUCUGGAAGGCUACAAAUACAUCAUGCGGCUGUAUCGACCCGGCGCCGCGAUCUACAUCUUCGGGUUCUCGCAGGCGGCGAGCGCGGCGCAGCUGCUGGCCGACAUAGUCGAGUAUAUCGGGGUGCUGAGUGUCGACAACGGAGAGAUGGUGCCGGAUGUCUGGGACGCGUAUAUUAGGUGGAAGUUUCAUCUGUUCAGGGAGACAGGGGAAGAAAAGCACAGAAAGAGCUUCGAAAAGGCCUGUGUCCGGAUGAGAACGACCCGGGAUACAAUGACGCAGAGAGUCAGGGUCCGGUUCCUGGGGAUGUUCGAUGCGGUUGAUAGCGUGGCGGGUCCGCGGGAUCGUGAUUUCGUCCCGAAUAGUGCGGAUGUCGUUCGCCAUGCUGUGAGUAUUGAUGAGAGACGGGUGAAGUUCCGGCCGCUGUUUUAUGAUUGUCGGGAUCUUGAACAGGCUGUCGCUCCGUCGUAUGUAGCAGAAUUGCGAGAGGAGGGGGCUAGAAGAGAAACAGAUGCUCAGGUCGUGUGGUUUCCUGGUGAUCACGCUGGUGUCGGGGGAGGGUGGAAACCCGGCGAGGGCGAAGUGUGGCCGCUCAGCCAGAACCCGCUCAUCUGGAUGACGAAGGCUGCAUAUGAGGCCGGACUGGAGUUGAAACCAAGCGAGGUCGAACGUCAAGGCUGCUCUGAGAUCUAUUCCUCGGGAGAGACCCUUGAGUUGGAGGAAGCGAUUCAGCGGGGGGUCAUUCGAGGGCAGAUCCAUGAUCUGCUGCACUUUGGAAAUGGAGUACCGAAGUCGUCGGUUCUGUUCUGGCGGCUGCUCGAGCACCUCCCGGUUCGACGACGGCUGGAAUCAAGACAAGUGCGUUGGCCGCUUCAUCGUGGGGAGGCUCGACAGAUUCCCCCCGGGUCGAGAGUUCAUGUUUCGGCCGUCAAACGGAUGGAGGGGAACGAAUCCUACCGUCCUGCCAACCUGGUGUCUGGGGAAUGGGAGGUGGAGGGGUGUAGUCAGAUGCAAACUAUGUAUACUAGUUCAGAUGGGAGUUGA